GUCAGAUAUACAUGUACAACACAAGUGACUGUGCAGUAUUCCUGUACGCUAUAUUUCUGCUCUCUAUACUUUUCAAGGCAUUUUCCAGCGACUUGUGUUCAACGUUCCUGCUUCUAUAUAUCAUCGUCUAGUGUCCAAGUGUGUCUGACUAAUAAUGUGAAUAGCCUACUACUAUCUAUUACAAGACAGAAGAUUUUGGAAUCCGUAAACUCAUCUACAGACGCACCUAGAAUUGUCCUGUCAACGAAGGAUAAGCAGUUAACUUAAGAAUGGGCGAGCAACCUCCACCGUACACAGCCCAGCCGGCCUACCCACCUCAAGGCGCCUACCCUCCCCAACAAGGUGCAUAUCCGCCACAGAACACCUGGACACCUGCACAGGGUCAGGGUGGCUACCCGCCACCUCAGGGUGGCUACCCGCCACCUCAAGGCGGCUUCAAGCCCCAAGGUCAGGCCUAUCCUGCCCAAGGCGCCUACCCAGCGCAGGGCGCCUACCCAGGGUACCCUCAAGGCGCCCCUCCUCAACAGCAGGCGCAGAUCCGGCAGCCUGCGGCGGGGCCUACGGUGAUCCUGGUGGACAACACGUCAGCGCAGAGGCGCCAGGACCAGCGGGACGCGGAGGAUGCUUGUUGUUUAGCUGCGCUGUGCGCUAUCUGCCUCUGCUGCUUUCUUGCCGAUUAAACUGGAAACAGUUUUGGUGCCUAUUUCACUUAGCUACAAAGCUGCAGAAAUUCGAUAAGCAUAUAUCAUAAUUGCUUAACAAUAACCGAUUUCCAAGCAUAAUGAAUUUCAAGUGAUACAGACCAGGAAACAUGCACCGCAGAACAGAAACGUUUGCUGAAAGUCGGUUUAUCAAGUGACUACAACCCCCAAUUGUGCGAACAAGUGUGGCAUGUUGUAAAGACAGUUCUGGGCCUGGCAAGUUUGAGAAAAUAUGGAUAAAUCCUAAAUGGACCCCAAAGUCGUUCUGUUUUGUCAUUUUGAAAAAUGACCUAAUUUUUGGAAGUGAGGGUUUUCGUCAGUGUUGUUUAUAAUAGUUUAUGUAUAUUGGUCUGCGACACGAAUCCACUACUUGUUAAAAAAAAAACCCGACUGAUCCAUGUAAUUCUUCACGGUUGAAUGGAUAAAAUACGUGGCAAUCUGCAAUAUAUUGUAAGCAUUUUGCUGGGUAACUUCCAUGAUUUCGCAAUAGCAAUUUAUCAUGUUACAGUGGUUUUCAAAGGCCAUGAGGGACAUGGUAUUGUGUAAAUGAAAUACUGGUCUUGUAUAAACGAGUCUGCCUAAAAAAAACAACCUGUCUGGCAAAGUGCAAAUAUGUCGUAAAUUUCCUAUCGAUCGAAACUUUUGCUUAUUGUUUAACACAUGCGUGUAAAAAGCUUUUAAAUCACAUGCUACAACCUUUAUUAUGUAGGCUAUAAUGACUAUAAUUAUUGAUAUCUUUAUGUCUAUUUCUUUCCUGAGUAUUCAAAGUCACCGGGAAGAUUUGUAUCAUAAACAAUUACAAUUGAUCUGUGUUUAUGCAAUAUAAAUUUGGGAAAAUUGAAAAUGUUCCUCCAAUUUUGCUGCAAUUAUUGUAAAACAUGAAAUUAUUCGCAAGAUGGAAUUGGAAUUUAAAACACAAAGGUUGUGCAUGUUAUCCCUUGAUAUUUUUUUCACUGAACUUGGCGUAAUCUGUAAUAUUGUAAAAUCAAAGAACUUACAGAUGUUUCUUUUUAUAUGGUGCAUAUAGUUACCCAAUGUUUUGGGGCAAUUUUUACAAAUUUGGUUUCAAACCAAAAUGGUAUUUCUUUUCUUUACAGUGUCAAAGUUUAAUACUAAUGGUGCUUACGCUGGCCAAGCUUUCUUUCUUUUCUUCAAAUUCAAGUUGGGUGCCGACAAGAUAAUUUAGAAUUAGCAUCUGUGAGGAUGAAUGCAGUUUAUAUACUAUUCAUUUAUAGAGCGCCUUUUAGCACCAUUCCAAGGCUUUUAAAUUUGUAUUUAAAAAAAAAUGACUGUAAAGUAGGUUUUAAUCGUUUUAAGAUAUAUUUCUCCAGUUUUAUUGGCUAUAAAUCCUGAAAAUUUGUAUAUCAUUAUUUUACUGACGUGCAUAAUAAAAAGUCCUUAUAUAUUCGACUAUGA